AUGGCCAUCAUCUGGUUCUCGGGACUCAAGAAACCGUCGUCUUUCUCCGUUCACAGGCUGGUUCUCGGGACUCACACUUCUGGCAAUUUCCCCUACCAUCCCAUGAUUGCUGGUGUUGUGCCAUCCACUGCGGUCGAUGAAGAUGGCAACAAAAGCAGCUCUGCGAAUUCUGUGAUUGCUGAGGCGAGAUGUGAUGAUCAGACGGUGGAAGUUAAGGUCCGCAUAGACUGUGAAGGAUGUGAGCGCAAAGUGAGGAGAGCACUAGAGGGGAUGAAGGGUGUGAAGCAAGUGGUUGUAGAAAGAAAGGCAAACAAGGUGACAGUCGUUGGAUAUGUGGAGCCAUCAAAGGUGGUUGCUCGCGUGGCACAUCGCACGGGUAAGAAGGCAGAGUUGUGGCCAUACGUGCCAUACGAUACGGUGGCCCACCCUUAUGCACCUGGGGUUUACGACAAAAAGGCCCCUGCUGGGUACGUGAGAAAUGCUGAGGACCCACAGGUGUCCCAACUAGCACGUGCGAGCUCUUUUGAAGUUAGAUACACCACCGCUUUCAGCGAUGAGAACCCUGCAGCUUGUGUUAUUAUGUGAUGAUCAUUAUUGUAAUUAGUUGUUUUCUGUGCUUUGAUUUUAGGGCUUGCAAUUAUUAAUUUCUUUUUUAAUUUUCCUUGUCUUGUAUGCCGUGGUGAAAUUAUUUUGUAUUUGUAUCUUCUUUGUUUUUUUUUUUUUGUCCUUGACCUUGUUAAGAAAUUAAAUAUUUGUCUGCUUUGGUG